UGUCCAGACCAUGAACGAGUCCAGCUCGCGCGCAGACGGAGGCUGAAUGUGAAAUUAGAACGCAGUGUCUCCACAUCCGACAUUACAGGAACAGCAGCUCCACUAUGUGUUGUUGUCGAGGUCCUGCGCUCUUAAACCUGACAUGUAACGUUAGUGUGGGCGCUUAGCUAAUGCUAACAGCAACGAGCCACGUAGGUUAGCUUGAGUUAGCUGGUUAGUUAGCUGGGUUAGCGGGUUAGUUCUACAGUUAGAGUUAGCUAGCGCUAGCAGGGUUAGCUGGUUAGCUAGCGCUAGCAGGGUCAGCUGGUUAACGUUAGCUAGCUCGCCUGCUACUGUCUAAGCGGCGCCUGUUUGCCAACAGACCAGCGAAUGACCAACAGUUUUGUGAUUCUGACUCCGCUGAAUUGGAAGGAAACGCACAUCUGUUACUGAAGAAGGAAACGAAGAACAACUGUGUGUGAAUGAGGGAGUCAUGGCUGACCACACCUCUCCCCUGGAGACCGGCCAGAUGCUCAGUCCAGACCUGCCCCUCCUCCCGCCCACGGCUCCUCCUCCUCCACCUAGCAUGGCCAAUGGAGACGGAGCACAACAGGUAAUUUUGGUGCAAGUAAACCCAGGUGAGGCCUUCACGAUCCAGCGAGAGGAUGGCCAGUACCAGUGUAUCCCAGGUCCUGCUCAGGUUCCCAUGAUGUCCCCCAAUGGCUCAGUGCCUCCAAUCUAUGUGCCUCCUGGAUAUGUUCAGCAGAUCAUCGAGGAGAACGGUGUUCGGCAUGUUCUGGUCUUACCUCAGGCAGAGUACCACCCGGGGGGACACUCUCCGCUGCACCACCCACCCCCACCACCUCCCCACGCCCACCUGCCGCCAGCCUUCAUCCCCCACCCACAUCCCAUCAUGCCUGCUCCUCCUCACCUGUACUCAAGCAUGGCUGGUGGCACUGGAGACAUCAACCUUCAGAAUAUAUCUCUGUCUCAGAAUAUAGCUCUAUCUCACCCAGCCAUGUAUCCAGAGCAGGUUUCUGCGGAUACUCUUCUGCCGCACGUACGCGCCUCGUUUGUUCACAAGGAUGAAAGGGCUAACAAAACACACGAGCGUCUGCAGAAGAAACUAAAGGAGCGUCAGGGUGGACACGCUGCAGGAGGCGGGCUGGCUCCGCCCAAAGACAGCCCACCCCAGUCCCCCCAGAAGAGUCGCCCCUCCCCGCCAGCAGGGGGUGAUCUCCACAAUGGCCUGGGGCUGAAGGGGGUUGAGGAACAGUGCCAGGCGAGUGCGGCGGUCCCUGGCCUUGGCAUAGACGGUCCAAGACGAGAAGGGGAGGCGGAGCCUGGAGAAAUGAAUGAAAAGAUACAAGUUGUCCAAGAAUUGCUGGACAGUAUCAGGAAGCCAGAGGUAACAGACAUCCAGGCCAGGGGGGCGUGUCUGUGCUGGGAGGCUCCGUUCAAACCAGCUGUGGAGGAGGAGCAGAAGGAGAGGGAGGAGCCAGUGGAAGAACUCCACCUCACCUACGAGGUGUCAGUCUCCUACAGCGGCAAAGAGGGCAAAUACAGUAGCGCUUGCAGUGGUGAAGAACUAAGUGCAACCAUACAGAACCUAAGACCAGCAACAGACUACCACGUCAGGGUUCAGGCUGUGUAUAAGUGUUUACAGGGAAGCCCCUCAGAGCCUGCCAGUUUCACUACCCUGAGCUGUGAGCCAGACACGCCUGUCCCACCUCGCAAGGCCAGCGGCACAAAAAACACCCUUGUGCUUCAGUGGAAGGCACCUUGUGACAACGGUUCCAAAAUCCAGAACUACAUUCUGCAAUGGGAUGAGGGUAAAGGCACGAGAGUGUUUGAGCAGUGCUACUAUGGCCCUCAGAAGCAGUACAGGGUGACCAAACUCUCGCCAGCAUCCAAAUACUCAUUCCGUCUAGCAGCCAAAAACAGCCUGGGUAUUAGUGAGUUCAGUGAGCCUGUGGACCUGCUGACCUCCUGCAGUGUCCCGGCGCCACCCGUCAGUCCCGGUUUGGUACAGGCCGGGGUCACCUGGCUCUGUGUGCAGUGGAACAGGCCAGUAGGCUCUCCAAAAGAGGAUGACAUAAAUUACGUGCUGGAGAUGGAAGAAGAGAGUUCGGGUUAUGGGUUCCAGCCCAGCUACGAUGGUGACGAGAUGUCAUGUACAGUGAGGAAUCUGCACCGCAGCACUAAGUACAGGUUCCGGGUGGCUGCAUAUAACACUGAAGGGAAGAGUAACCCCAGCGCUGUUUCAGAGUUUUCCACGGCUCCGGACGCCCCCAGCGCGCCCUGCCGAAUCUCCAUCAAGGGCAAACCGCAUCCUGGCAGCUUCCGCAUGAGCUGGGAUCCCCCUAAAGACAGCGGCGGUUCAGAUGUGGUGGAGUACUUGGUGGAGCUGUCUGAAGGUCUGAGUGGAUCUUCUUGGGAGCAGGUGUACAAGGGUUCAGCUUUGGAAUGCGUGUGUGAUGGACUGAAGCCAGGUUUGUCGUACCAGGCUAGAGUCUACUGUUUCAGUGAAGGAGGGAAGAGCACGCCGUCUGAGAUCCUCCUGGUUCAGAUUCCAGCGGUUCCUCCGGGCCCCUGUCUCCCCCCCAGAGUAGUGGGCAAGCCCAAAGCCAGAGAGGUUCAGCUUCACUGGGCGCCACCCCAGGUGGACGGAGGCAGUGCGGUCUGUGGCUACAGUGUGGAGGUGCUGUGUCCUCACACUGAAGACAGCAGGGACGUGUCCCAGGGCUGCGAGCUCAGCUGCACCAUAAGUAGCCUGUUGCCAGGCAGAACAUACAGCUUCCGCCUGAGAGCAGCUAACAAGGCUGGGUAUGGGCCGUUCUCUGAGCGGACUGAGUUGACAACUGCUCCGGGACCCCCGGAUCCUUGCCGCGCCCCUAACAUCGUGUGUAAAUCGCCGAGCUGUGCUGUGGUCAGCUGGGAAACUCCACUCUGUAACGGAGCACCAGUGACGGAGUUUCGGCUGGAGUGGGGUGCAGCAGAGGGGACCAUGCAGGUCUGCUACAGCGGCGCCAUCGCAAACUACGAGCUGAAAGGACUGGUCCCUGCCUCCAACUACUACUGUAGAGUACAGGCGGUGAACGUGGCAGGCGCGGGGCCCUUCAGUGACGCGGUUCUCUGCCGGACGCUGUGCUCUGUGCCGGCGGCCGUCAGCACCGUGCACGUCCUGCGUGAGAGCGACAUGUGGCUGGAGGAGGGCAGCGCUGAGUGUCAGGAGGGUGAGGAGGCACCUGGAGCAUCUCCGCCCUCUCCACCGCUCUACUCUCCCUCCACCUGCCUGGGCUUGCGCUGGGAGGCCCCCUGCGACCACGGAGCAGAGAUUACCUCGUACCUGAUUGACAUCGGAGAGAGACAGCCCAUCCUCACAGGCCCUGUAACCAAAUACAUCAUACAGAACCUGCAGCCAGACACCAGUUACAGGAUAAGGAUCCAGGCUCUGAACAGCCUGGGCGCUGGUCCCUUUAGUUACACUUUUAAGCUGAAGACCAAGCCACUGCCUCCUGUCCCCCCGCGCCUGGAGUGCAGCACCUUCAGCCACACGCUGCGUCUGAAGUGGGGAGAGGGUCCUGUCAGGGCCCCCCCCGACUCCCUGCAGUACCACCUGCAGAUGGAAGACAAGAGCGGCAGGUUUAUAUCCUUGUAUAAAGGACCUUGCCACACUCACAAGGUGCAGAGGCUAAAUGAGUCUACCUCGUAUUCGUUUCGCAUCCAGGCCUUUAACGAGGCAGGCGAAGGGCCUUUCUCCUGUGUUUACACCUUCACCACGCCCCGCUCACCGCCGCCGCAGCUCAAAGCACCUCGUGUGGAGAGACUGGAUGACUCCUGUGAGAUCAGCUGGGAAACCCUGCCGUCUAUGAAAGGAGACCCCGUUAUCUACUGCCUGCAGAGCAUGCAGGGCAACUCUGACUUCAGACAGCUCUAUAAGGGCUCCGCCACGCUGUUCCAGCUGUCCAGCCUCAGCUCGUCCGCCGAGUACCGCUUUCGAGUCUGUGCGAUACGGCAGUGUCAGGACAGCCCUGAGAUCACGGGUCCCUACAGCUCCACAGUCACACUCCUGCCACCUCGGCACGAGCCCCCGGGGGCCUCCAGCGGCGUGGGGCCCAGGGGGACCGACAUGGAGCCGCUCCGUCGCAGCCUGACGGACGAACAGUUCUCCUUCCUCAUCAUCGCCCUGCUGGCCGUCACCUCCAUCCUCAUCGCUGUUGCUAUUCAGUACCUGGUCAUCGAGUGAGUCUUCAGGCUGCAAGGUGUUUGGCUUGGAUUUGUUUUCGGUUGGUUUUUCUUCUGUUGGCUUCAUUCUUGGCGCCGGUGUGGGUCACAGGAGGGGUGAGGAGCAGACCCCGAAGCUACAGGUGUGUCUGCCAGUGGUGUUUCUCAUCUCUCUCUCUCUCUCUCUCUCUCUCUCUGCUGUCCAACAAUUCUUUUUCUCUGCCCUGCUGACAGUAAGAUCCUUGUUCCACUUUCAUUACCUCCAAUGUAAUCAUUGGAGGGUUAGAAAUAAAGCUUACUGCCUGUCAUGUA